CUUCUAUCUCUAUUAUUUUUCACUCACAUUCUCUCUUUUUUUUCUUCUUCUUAUAUAUUGUUUAUUGCACCAAACCAUUAUAUAUUGUUUAUCUGGAACUUGUAUUGUAAUUUUUUAACAGAAAAAUUUUGAAGUAGCUGGAAAUUGGAGCUUGUGAUUAAGAUCUGGAUCCAAUGGAACUGAAGGCAAAUCAUACGUCUCUCCUCGCUGAAACCGCAACCUUGACAAGGACAAGGUCAAGGCUCGGCACGCCUUCGAGUCUCUCUUGCUCUCCUACAGGUGGUUCGACUUUUCUCCACGGUCCCUCGCUAACUAUUCCAAGGAAGAAGAAUGGAGUUCUUGACGAUGUUCGUUAUAACGGUUGUCUCGACGCAAUGAGAUCGUCUUCUCCUACUCACAAGAAAAUAUCUAUGGAUGUUGGUCACGGUGUUCCGUCUUCUGAAGCCGAUGCCGCUUAUUUAACCUGGCUGCUAGAGUUUCCAUCAGCACUUUCGUCUUUUGAGCAAAUUACUAACUGUGCAAAAGGCAAGAAAGUAGCAUUGUUUCUCGAUUAUGACGGGACUCUUUCGCCGAUUGUUGACAAUCCCGACCGCGCUUUCAUGUCUGACAAGAUGCGCGACGCAGUUAAAAGCGUGGCAGAGUAUUUUCCGACCGCGAUAAUUAGCGGAAGAAGUCGUGAAAAGGUACAUGAGUUCGUUGGCUUGACCGAACUUCAUUACGCUGGUAGUCAUGGAAUGGACAUUAUCGGUCCUCUUAGAGAAUCGGUAUCUGAUGAUCACCCGAAUUGUAUUAGAUCUACCGAUAAGAAGGGUAAGGAAGUUAAUUUAUUCCAACCUGCUGCCGAUUUCCUGCCUAUGAUUGACGAGGUACGGAUGUUGCUCGUUGAUUGUAUAAGAGACAUCAAAGGCGCAAAAAUUGAGAAUAAUAAGUUUUGUGUCUCUGUACAUUACCGUAAUGUAGACGAAGAGAAUUGGGAUUUGGUGGCACAACGCGUUUACGAUAUCAUGAAAGACUAUCCACAUUUACGAUUAACUCACGGUCGAAAGGUUUUAGAGGUUCGACCGGUGAUUGACUGGGAUAAGGGAAAAGCUGUUACCUUUUUGCUAGAGUCUCUCGGACUUAACGAUGAUGAAGAUGUUCUAGCUAUAUAUAUCGGUGAUGAUCGAACAGACGAAGAUGCAUUUAAGGUUUUGAGUGAGGUUAAUAAAGGUUUCGGAAUCUUAGUUUCUUCUGCGCCUAAAGAAAGCAACGCUGUUUACUCUCUUUGUGAUCCUUCCGAGGUGAUGGAAUUUCUCAAGUCACUUGUGGCAUGGAAAUCAAACUCUUUACUAUAGUGUAUAGAGGAGAUUAUGCUUCUACUAUACUAUAUAUUAAUGACAGAAUCUGAUUUUGGAUUAUUGGAGCAGAAUUAAGCUCUGAAGAAGACCUUUCAAGAUAGGAAUAACUUUUUGAUUAUUCAGUUUUGUUUUGUCAAAGCUUUUGUGGUGGCUGUAAAUUAAUGGCUUAUAGUUAUAUGUGAAGAAGACUAUUCAAAAUUUGUUCAGAGGGUUAUUUUUUUCUAUAAAUUAUUAUUAUUAUUAUUAUUUAAUUCAUAUGAAAUUGUUAAGGGAGAAUUCCCAUGUGUUAAUUUUUUGUUUAUCUGUAAUUUGGAGGUCAUUAAUAUAUAUUAUAAAAUUUU